UACUAAUAUACACUCAUUGUGCACUUUAUUAGGAACACUUGUACACCUACUGUACUUAUUCAUGUGAUUAUCUAAUCAGCCAAUAAUGUGGCAGCAGUGCAUAAAAUCAUGCAGAUACAGGUCAGGAGCUUCGGUUAAUUUUCACAUCAACCAUCAGAAUGGGGAAAAAUGCGAUCUUAGUGAUUUGGACUGUGACAUGAUUGUUGGUGCCAGACGGGCUGGUUUGAGUAUUUCUGUAACUGAUGAUAUCCUGGGUUUUCACACACAACAGUCUCUAGUAUUUACUCCGAAUGGUGCCAAAAACAAAAAGCAUCCAGUGAGCAGCAGUUCUGUGACAGAAACGUCUCGUUGAUGAGAGCGGUCAACAGAGAAUGGCCAGACUGGUUUGAGCUGACAGAAUGUCUACGGUAACUCAGAUAACCACUCUGUACAAUUGUAGUGAGCAGAAUAUCAUCCCAGAAUGCACAACAUGUCGAAUGUUGAGGCAGAUGAGCUACAACAGGUGAAGACCAUGUCUGGAACUUUAUUAGGAAGUGUAUACACUAACAUACAUUAUACCACUAAUAAUUAUCAUAAUCAUAAUAUGUUAUAUAUUUGUUUGUAUCUAUACAUGAGCCAAAGACACUUGUAGUCUUCAGUGAAAAGAAGAUAUACAAUUUUUUACAUUUGACAGCUAGUUAGUUAGCUAUAAAAAAGAACUCCAUAGAGGAGCAUAGCGCUAUAAUUAUAAAUAUAUUAUUCAUAUAUGCAGAAUAAUAUGUAUAUGUAUGUAUGUGUAUAUUUAUAUAUAUAUAUACAUUAGGAGUUGCUACACAUGUUUUAAGCCUUAAUUGACACCAGCUUUCAUCCAUGCUGCUGCAAAUCCUGCUAUAUCUGUCUGGAGCUUACAGUGUGUUUUACUUCCUGUCAACUCUCUCCAUGAUCAUCUACAAGAGUCGUGUGCUAAGUUACCCCGAUGGCCAACUCACUCUAGACGUCUUUCUGCUGUUUCUCAUGGCUGGAUUCGAGGCCUUGAGGGUGUACUGGGGGGUCAGGGGGAACCUACAGGAAAGCGAGAUCUACACGGGUUCCAAUCUGAUCGCCACGGGGGCCACAGUGCUGUUGGCACUCUAUUUCAUAAUUUGGCAGUCUUACGUUCUGCGAGCCGAUGUCAUCAUCGGCGCCAUCCUGGUCUGCUUGUAUGGCCUUACAGGAAUCGUUGGGCUUGGAGCUUUGGCACGCUUCACCAGUUAGACAGUGUUUGCCUCCUCAUCACAUCUCAACAGCAACUGCUGCAAUUUAAUGGCAGUAUAUACUACAUUUCCUACAAUGUACCACGGGAUCUGCUUUACUCAUGUUGUAAAGCCAUGAGGAGGUGCCAGAGACUUGUUGCUAUGCAACAAAGUACUACUUCAUAAUCUGUAAACCCUUGAACUUUGAGUAUAUUUUUAUACAAUGUUUGGGCUUUUUAAAAUAAAUGAUCUUAUUUUAAGUGAGUCAUUUGAGGUGAUUAAUAUCAUUCUUUAUCAGUAACAACCUGUUAUUAUUGGUGUUUGCAGAAAUGGUGAAAAUCUAGGUCACACUUUUCUUCAGGCUGCUUGUAAACACUUCAAAUUAGUGCCUAUUAUACUGUCUUGAAUGUCUUUGUUGUAGCGGUUAGUUUUUCCGAGCAAGUUGUUACAUUUAUUCUUAAUGUAGUCUUUUUUUAUCAUGUAAUGUAAUCAGAUUUGAUUUGUGUUUUGCAGUCAGUUGUUUUGGUUACACUUUAAAAUAAGGUUUAAUUUGUUAACAUUGGUUAACAACAUUAGUUACC